UGGACUGCUGUCGUUGGCGGACGGACGCCGUACGUGGCUGAACAGCACCGGAUCGUGGAAUCACUAUUGCAGCAAACAGUGGACGUUGAAACCGAUACGGAGGAAAUGUACCACAAAUUGCAGCUAAAUGAACCGCGCGAGAAACUUUUUACGAAGCUUUGAUUAAAGAAAAUAAAAAUAAAAACUCGUAGAAAUGACAAAGAAAACUUGGUAUCCGAACUCAGACCAAAAGAGUUCAAAAUGCGUUAAGCGAUCAGUUAAUAUGCCGAAUGGGCAUAAGGCACCUGUUGGCCAUGGUUUGACAGCCCACAGGAACAGGCGAUCGUCGUUUGGCAGAUUAUCUAAGGCGGACGUGAUGAAGUGCGUGGACACCAUUGUCGACAAGUGUACAGAUCCGGGAUGUUGCUUGUCUCGAAUGCGCCCUCGCUAUAAGCGUCUCGUCGACAACAUAUUUCCAUCUGUACCUCAGGAUGGCCUAGUAAAAAACAAUAUGGAAAAGUUGACAUUCUACGCUUUAUCGUCACCUGAAAAAUUAGACCGUAUUGGCGAAUAUUUGUUUCAAAAAGCAAGCAGAGAUAUAUCACGCAAAAGAAACGAAUUUGUAAUGAUAGCUAUGGAAGCCAUGGACCAGUUAUUAGUGGCGUGCCAUGCUCAAACAUUAAACUUAUUCGUAGAAAGCUACUUACGUAUUGUGCAAAAAUUACUAGAGUCAUCUGAGCCUAAUUUACAAAUACUCGCAACCCAAUCGUUUGUACGAUUUUCCAAUAUUGAAGAGGACACUCCUUCAUACCAUAGGAGAUACGACUUUUUUGUUUCAAAGUUUUCGUCCAUGUGUCAUAACAACAAUCCAAACUUAGCCACUAUGGAAAUGAUUCGAAUGGCUGGUAUAAAAGGAAUCCAGGGAGUCAUAAGGAAAACUGUAUCAGACGAUUUAGUCGAGAAUAUUUGGGAACCCGUUCACAUGGAUAAAAUUGUUCCGUCGCUAUUGUUCAACAUGCAUACAAUGAACAUCAAGUCAGAUAUAAUGUCAGAAAGUGCAAUAUCCGAAGAAGUCAACGAAAAGAAUGAUUCUUUUUCAUUGGCUGAAUCAUGUUUACGAGAACUUAUAGGAAGAGCCUCGUUCGGUCAUGUUAAGAGUGUUAUUCGUCCCGUACUGAAACACUUAGAUGCUCAUCAUAUGUGGGUGCCGAAUGUGUUCGCUACUCAGUGCUUCCGAAUUUUAAUGUUUUCCAUUCAAUCACAAUAUUCAUACGCAGUUGUGGAAACGUUGAUGACGCACUUGGAUGAAAAUACCAAUGCAUCGCCUAAAAUUCGAACAAGUAUUGCCGAUGUCUUGUCUAAGAUUAUUGCUAUUGCAGCCAACGAGAGUGUCGGGCCCACAGUAUUAGAAAUUAUAAAUUCCUUACUGACAAAUCUCCGUACAUCGGUCACUAGAAGACCACAGUCCAAUACGGGUGUUGCCGAAUCUGAUGGAGAAAACGAAUACCGGGAAGCGCUUAUUCAUGCUUUAGGAGAAUUCGCUGCACACUUGCCAGAUUAUCAAAAAAUUGAAAUUAUGAUGUUUAUCAUGUCUAAAGUACCUCAAUUUAAGUCUUCAAACAAUCCCAACGAUCUCCAUGUACAGAAAAUGUGCUUGAAGUCCCUCUUAAUGGUCAGCACCAAGUAUAGUUCUGUGCAAAUGAAUGCUACAUUCCCUCAAUCGUUCUUGGAUUUAUUAUUGAAGACGCUGACGGCUUCUGAAGAUGAGAUUCGUUUUAUUGUGUUACGUAUAUUACACACACUAUUAGAUAGACAUAAUAAUGCUGCAAAAUUAGCUAAAGCUGUUGUUAAUAUUUCAAAAUCAGAUUUAAAUCUUGAGAAGUGUUCUCGAAGUGACACAAUAUUCAUCCGAAAGCAUGCUCAAGACAUUUACGUGUCGAUUUACGAGAGUUUGGAAAUGACAAAUAAUUCAAUUGAUAAUGUUGAAGCUGUUUAUACAACAUUGGCUCUGAUUUGUGUUGAAUUACUGUCUGAAGAGACCAUUUUGGACUAUAUUAGACUGAUUUUGAGUAUUCAAGAAUUGGCCAUAACCAAUGCAGUGCUUUCGACUCAACAAAAAUUCCAUUUACACGCACUAGUCAUUAGCGUAAUGCAUCUAGUCUCAGUGGUGUUAGAUUUACAACCACUAAAAGAUUAUAUAAAUAAAGUAAUUGGACAAAGAAAAGAAUUGAAUGCUACACAUUUGUUACCUGAUUUUUGUUUACAUAACGAAGUUAAAUCUAACAGUCUGUUACCGGCUGGUGUUUUAAUUGAAGAACCUGAAUUAACAGAAGCAUUAAAAGCCUCAGGAAUUGAAAUCACUAAUGAAACCGGUCCGGUGUUGGCACAUAGACGUAGUUGGGUUGAAAACACUAGUAUCUCUAUGAAGGGGAGUUUCACAGAUUUGAGUAACCUAGAUUUGGACAGUGUCAAUUCUACCCCAGCAAUGCAGAGAAAAUUUUCGCCAAAAGAAGAUUUAUCAUUUGAAGCCAUGAAGCGUACACUUUUGGACAACCCAAACGCUAAAGCAGAAGAACACACCAGACAGACUCAACUGUGUGAUUUGUUCAGAAAAACAUCGUUCCAGGAUUUAGUGGCAAUAUCUACUGCAUCGAAGGAUGAAGAAUCAUUGCAUACCAGGAUAAAUGAAGUUUUUAACAAUGUUGAGAUUACGAACAAAAUAUCUGCCGCUGAGUCUGAACAGUCAAAACCUAUCUAUGAGACUUUGUUUCCAGAAUUAUUUGCAUUUUAAUUGAAUUUAAUUACAUUUAAUGACAAAAUAUAUAGGAGCGGUGAACGGUGUUUAUAUAAAAUUACAACUUUUAAGUAUAAUAUUGCUACUAUAAUUAUUACUUGCCUAAAUUGUUACUUUUUGUUUCUUUAAAUAAUAACUAUUGUUACCAAGGUGUAUGUUUUAUCUAGUGAAAU